UACGUUAUUGACGCGGUUCAGACACGUUACAGUGUUUAUAACAGGAAGAGCUGACAGCUUCACGAUCACACAGGUCCAUAUAAUUGUGCAACCGGUGACCUUGGUUUUUAGCUAGGAUUUGCUAUAUCUGUUUCCAAGAAUUCAGAGUGUGCUGAAGACAUGAAUGCACUGCAGUCUUGAUAGCAGCCAUCAUGACAACAGAGGCUGUGUCUUCUGGAAGUCGGGCUCAGAUCCCAGCUCCUGUCCAGAAAGACUACUACUACUGGUUGCGCUCUUUUACGGCUGGAGGUGUUGCAGGAUGCUGUGCCAAGUCCACCAUAGCGCCUCUCGACAGAGUCAAAAUUUUACUACAAGCUCAAAAUCCUCAUUACAAACACCUUGGAGUGUUUUCCACACUUAAGGCAGUGCCAAAAAAAGAGGGUUUCCUUGGACUGUACAAAGGAAAUGGAGCCAUGAUGAUCAGGAUUUUCCCAUAUGGAGCCAUUCAGUUUAUGGCUUUUGAUAACUACAAAAAGUUCCUUAACACACGACUUGGAAUAUCUGGGCAUAUUCAUCGGCUCAUGGCAGGAUCUAUGGCAGGGAUGACUGCAGUUAUUUGCACCUAUCCACUCGAUGUUAUCCGAGCUCGCUUGGCGUUUCAAGUGACAGGAGAGCAUCGCUACACUGGCAUACGAAACGCUUUUCAGACUAUUUACCUCAAGGAAGGAGGAAUCUCUGGAUUCUACCGUGGUCUGACUCCCACAAUCAUUGGCAUGGCUCCAUAUGCAGGCUUUUCUUUUUUUACAUUUGGUACAUUGAAGACUCUGGGACUCACUCACUUCCCAGAGCUUCUAGGCAAGCCGUCUCUUGACAACCCUGAUGUCCUUGUGCUGAAAACUCACGUCAAUCUGAUGUGUGGUGGAGUUGCUGGAGCAAUUGCUCAAACUAUAUCAUAUCCACUAGAUGUUGCCCGGAGGAGAAUGCAGUUAGGUGCAUCACUGCCUGAUUUUGAUAAAUGUUGCAGCCUCACAAAAACUCUUAAGCAUGUAUAUUCUCAAUAUGGUGUCAAAAAAGGACUGUAUCGUGGCCUGUCCCUCAACUACAUCCGCUGUAUACCCUCACAAGCUGUUGCCUUCACCACUUACGAGUUCAUGAAGCAAGUUCUUCACCUAAACUAGAGCAAUCAGUGGCUAAGCCUUAAAGAAAUGAGUUGAAAUGACCCCUGGUGACCUGUCUGCCAUUCCAGAGAUCAGUCAUCUCAAAUCUCAAAUCCAGUUCUUACAAAACACCCACACAAACGGAGAACCUGUGGCUCUGCACAGCCCAGCAGCCAUCACUAUGGAUACAGAAACAAAAGCUUGCUUUUCCGUUAUGUGUAGAUCAGAAACAACCGACACUGGAAAUUCUAUGGAAACUGCAUCUGAAACUUGCCAGCAAGAAGCCAUACCAUUUCAGUUCGAACAAUAUGCCUUAAUUUUUCACUCGUUUAAACAAAACACAAAAUCGCAGUCGUUUGUACCUAUGUGGACAGUUUCUGUAGGUAUAUCACAGUGCUUUUAACUAUGACUCAUGACGUCAUUUUUUUAUGUCAAAUAUGUAUGUUGAUUUUUCUUUGCUAAAAUGAAUUCAUAUGUAACUUUAUAUUUCAGCAAAUCGGAGUCACCUCGAGUCUUAUUGACUGAUAUUUGUCUCUUUUAGUUGCACCUGAAUAAUAUAACUAGUGAAAGAGAGUGUACAUAAAUGUCUAUGCAGUAUUCAGUCGUGUUCGCAUGCCGAUGUUACUGUGGCUCCAGUUUAUUAUCCGAUUGAUGCAGGUUAAUUCACAAUCUCCAGUUUGGAAGAAAACAAUCAAAUGAGAAUUCGUGUGCUGAUGAAUACAUCACAGCUGAUAUGUAUGUGAAUCUUCACUGAUUUGUGAUGGGAACUACAUGAGUCACUUGAAUAGAAAAUGUGCAAAAGAUUUGUCAGACACAUUCUCAUAAAUAAUCUUGCCUCAGUUAUUAAUCUCAUAUUGGAGUAGAGCAUGUUAAAUACACUUUCACCAGGGCAGAUUAAAAUGAAUUUUUUAAUAUAUAAUUGAGUUAUUCACUUGUUUUGUAUUGUAUGGAAAUGUGCUCCCUCGAAAGGUUGCCUCAUUUUCUUUUCUGUUGUAAUUGCUUGCUUUUUUUUUGUUGUUGCCAUGUGGUGGCAGUGUUGCAGUGAAAUCAAGUCCUUAAACCUCUUCAAAUUUAGUUUUGAGUUUUCAUGUUGAUUGUUUAGCUGCAUACGUUUCCAGAGAUGAAGGAGAACGUUUGUGUGCGUGAGACUACGUUCAACAGCGAUACAGUUUUACUACUGAGUGAAUACGUUAGUGAAGGAUUCAUUGAUUACAUUUCAAGUUUAUUUGCACUAAAUGCCAUCGAGCUAAAUCACCAGAAUGGGAGGUUUGUCUUAAACUGACCUUUGCUGAUUCUUGAGAGCUGUGGAGAAAGUUCAACUUGCUGCUUUGGAUAAAUUGCCUGUUAAAUCAGUAUAAUGAAUGGAUAUCAUGCCAGAUUGAAGCGGUUAAUAGGCACUGAACAAAUUAACCAUGAGGAUGCCUGUUUUGUACAUGUCGUUACUCAUUUGUAUGUAUGCUUAGAUGAUCAUUUACGAAAUGUAAAUGUUAAACCGGUAUCUCUGAGUAAAAAAAAAUAAAGGCUUUUUGUCUUGUGCUAGAGGUUA